AUGGGCAAUUCAGGCAAUGGCUGCGCGCCGUCAGCGCUCUCGAGUGCAGCUCCAGGCAACAGCUGCGCACCUGCGCCAGCAGAUAGCGUGCCAGCGGCAGAGAGAGCGGCAGAGAGCGCGCCAGCAGCAGAGAGUGCAGCUGCAGGGAACAGCUGCGCACCUGCGCCAGCAGAUAGCGUGCCAGCGGCAGAGAGAGCGGCAGAGAGCGCGCCAGCAGCAGAGAGUGCAGCUGCAGGGAACAGCUGCGCACCUGCGCCAGCAGAUAGCGUGCCAGCGGCAGAGAGAGCGGCAGAGAGCGCGCCAACAGCAGAGACUGCAGCUGCAGGAAUCAGCUGCGCACCUGCGCCGGCAGAUAGCGUGCCAGCGUCAGAGAAAGCGGCAGAGGGCGCGCCAGCGGAACAGGGCGCAGUUGCAGGUGACAGGCCCAACGGCUGUGUGCCUGCGCCCCGUGACAGCGAUGCAGCCCCAAAAGCCCCUGCGGCUGCUCCGGAGCAGGCCAAGGAGCCUGAUCCUCAUGAGGAUGAGUACAUGUCUUUCGUCCAGGAGUUGAAUGCUUUGGCCAAGGAAGAGGCCAAAUCAGUGCCUAAGCGGCCAGAGGCGCGGGAGGAGCCGAAAAGAGCGCCUCGAAGCAGGAGUCGCUCAGGUCAGCUUCGCCGAUCUCCAAGGAAGAGGCCGCGCUCCGAAGGCCGCCCCAAGGCCUUGCUCCAAUCGGCAUCGGCAGCUGAAUGGAAGGACGAUGGGGCAGAGAUCAGACCAGAUGAGAAGCGCCAGCAUCCGGAAACCAAGGAGUCCCUCACCUUUGAGGAGCUCCGCGGCAAGUGCGACCAGCCAGCCGAGGAGGUGGAGAAGAUCUGGCGCAAGAUGAAGCCCCAGUGGGUCGUGCAGGAGCUGGAGUACAUCAAGGCGUCGGAGUGGAAUGACCAAGGGGAGAUCUCCAAGGAAGAGCAACGCCAACAUCCUGCGGAUGAAGAGUUCUACACUUUCGAGCAGCUCAAAGCUAAAAUCGGAGGUGAAGAGUCCCCCUCGGAAGCGCAGCUGGCCCAUGCGCAGAAGUUCUGGAGGGAGAAGAUGAAGCCUCGCUGGGUGCUUGAAGCUUUGGCGGCUGGUCCCGGUCCAAAGUACCUCGAGAGGCAAAAGGAGCGCCAAGAGCAGCCAAAGUCUCCGAAGAGCAACUGGAAAGACGACGGCGGGCCCAUCAAGCCCGACGAGACUCGCAGACACCCGGAGCUCAAGGAGUACUUCAGCUAUGCCGAGCUGCUGGAGCGCUUCAAAGACCAGCUUGAGGCAAAGGACAUCGAGCAGAUGUGGCGAGAAAAGAUGAAGCCCCGCUGGGUGGUCUAUGCGGAGGAAGGCGUGAGCAACGGCCAGAGCAACCGGCGGCCACGGCGGAGGAGCCCCAGCCGGCGCAGAAGAGGCAGUCCUCGCCGAAGCCCGCGCCGGCGCUCACCGCCCAGAAACCGCUCUCCCCGCAGAAACCGCUCUCGCAGCAGGAAGAAAAGCCGGAGCCGCAGCAGGAAGAAGAGCCGCAGCCGCAGCCGGCGGCGCAGCCGGAGCCGCAGUCGAAGCGUCAAGAAGCCACGCCACGAGCGGUUCCGCUUCCUGCCAGCAACCAGCGGCUUCGGCGCCGCUCCGGCACCAGCCUUGGCUGCCAAAGAUGCAGCGAGACCCGAGGAGACCAAGGAGCCUCUGAAGACCGUCGGGGAGCUGGUGCCGUCUGCCGGGUGGCAAUAUUUCCUGAAGGAUGCUGCCCGCAGGUGCUUCGCUGCCCAUCUCCCAGCGCCCCUUCCAGAGGAGGACCGGGUUCAGUUCUACACCCUGAUCAGAGAAAGCGUGCCCUCAGGCACUCGGCUGGUCAAAGAGGGCUGCAGCUGCCCGUCCAAUGGCCAGGCGCCCGUGGCAUUCCCACCAUGGCUGUCGGAGCUCAUGGGAAAACUGAUGCCGCUGUGUGGCUCGAGCAGAUGGCCAGACACUUGCACAGUGCACGUGUUUCAGGGCGGCGCGGAAACGCUGCCGGAGGGUCCUUGGCAGGACGCUGCCAAGGAUGCUCUCUCCAUCUCCCUUCUGCUGGGCGCUCCCCGGCGCGUGGAGCUGUGUGCCAAGCCAAACGGUGAGAACCCCAGCAGCCAAGACCUCUCUGAUGGUCACUUGCUGAUCCUGGAGGGCAUGUGUCACAAGCUGAUACAGGGCAAGCUGGAAGGACCAGGGGAGAGCCUCCUCUUGACCUGGUGCUGGGCGCGACACCUGCCGCAUUGCGCAGCGGCCAGCCCUCCGGGCGCACGGCCCGCGCAAGUGCCCAGGCCGCCGGCUCCACCACCACCCCAGCCACCCCAGGCCUUGGGCGGUGUGCCAAUGGGCAGCAUUCAGCAAGGUUCUAUGGGCGGCAUGCAGCAACCAUCGAUAGGCGGCAUGCAGCAAUCACUAAUGGGCGGCACGCAACAACCACCAGUGGGCGGCAGCAUGCAGCAAGAUUCUAUGGGUGGCAUGCAGCAAGGUUCGUUGGGCGGCAUGCAGCACGCAUGCAUGGGCGGCAUCCAGCAGCCAAUGAUGCAGCAGCCAAUGAUGCAGCAGCAGCCAAUGAUGCAACGGCCAAUGAUGCAGCAGAACAUGAUGCAGCAGCCCAUGAUGCAACGGCCGAUGAUGCAGCAGAACAUGAUGCAGCAGCCAAUGAUGCAGCAGAACAUGAUGCAGCAGCCAAUGAUGCAGCAUAACAUGAUGCAGCAUAAUAUGAUGCAGCAGCCCAUGAUGCAGCAGCCAAUGAUGCAGCAGAACAUGAUGCAGCAGAACAUGAUGCAGCAGCCCAUGAUGCAGCGGCCGAUGAUGCCAAACCCUGGCAUGGGCGGGAUGUGUGGGUGCGGGCCGUGUGGGCCGUGUGGGCCAUGUGGGCCAUGCGGCAUGCAAGGCACCUGA